AUGGUUACAGCCGGCCGCCUUUUCUCUUGGUUUAGUAUAUUUUUUAGCUAUUUUGUUAAGUAUGGAUUCUUUGAUGAUGUUCGUUACAGUAUAGACAAGAGCUUAGCGCGGUUCGUCGGGGCCGCAGGAGGGUCAGCCGAUGACUUCCGCACAAUUAAGCAGUCUCCACUCUGCUGCAAUCCUCCUUCGGUCACCGCUGUCGUCUUUCGUAUCUGCAAUUCCGAUCAACGGAUCUCUAGCGUCGCAUAUUUUCGGACGAAAGUGGCAACAGGUGAAGCCAGCUCAUUUAUUCCGAAGUGGCUAGCUGAUACACGAACCUUACCUGUCGACGCUUCCAUCACGAAAAUUCCUCAUAUCAACCGGGACCCUACGCAUGAGGCAUCUCUCUGGCAGGGCUACGUCACCAACCAGAGCCCUUCUCGUACCGGCUGGUUUCCCAACUUCACGGUUCGCCUCCUGCCUCCAACCGGAGCUAUCCACCCUCAUCAUCAGUUCCAACCCCAUCCCUUGCCACACUCGUUCAAAAUAUCCAAUCCCCAUCCUUCGUUGCAGGCGCAGCCACCUCAGCCUCAGCCUAUGCCUCCGCCUCCGCCACCGCCACUGCCACCACAUACGCAUUCCUUCCCUGCCGGCAUGACCUCUACAACCUCCAGCCAAUCGACGAAUGUGGUUAGACUUGAUUCGGUGAGCGAAUUGGGCUUAAUAUUCGGUUUCUGCUAUUAUUCGGUUAGAAGUAAAGUCGAAAACUGUGAAGAAGCACUGCUUUCAUACAUAUUAUCUGUGGCAUUCUUUAAUCAUUUUACUGGCGUCUCUCAACUCUUGGAGACGUCCUCUAACAUUCAUUUGCCUGAUUAA